AUGGUUUCGCCGUCCAGGAGACCAAGACACCUACAACCACUCACCACCCAUUUUCACAUUCACAAUAAGUCAUUCUCAAGCAUAACAACAGACUCGGAUGCUGGGACAUUCCAUUCAGCAUAUGCACAUCCUUCAAGCAUGGAGAUGCGACCUAUAUCUCAGCCCACAGCGGCUUCAAAUACUAUCCAACGAUCCAUAUCCCCACCUCCUGCCACUUCACCAGAAGUCGAAGCAAUCAAGAUGGACCGCCAGGACUCAGGCUUUCAGGAUGGCAUCACAGUCUCCCGACAAACGUCGUCAUCGUCAAGAACCCGCCGCCCCUCGCCAUCAAAGUCAAAACGGCGUACGACUAACUCCUCCACUUCGUCUUCUACUCGCCCUUCUACUAAAAGAGCGUCUCGUUCCGCCCCCCUAGCCGUCACCCAAACACGAAAUUCCACUUCAUCAGGACGCAGGCCGACCAUCCACGCCCGACAUACCCUACCCCAGUCAAGUCACUCUCAAUUCUACCACUUUCCAACCCUAACAGACCCCCAACCGGAACCGGAACCCGAAGCCUCCAGCACUCCUCUACCUCCCCCAUCCACUGUUCACUACUGGACAUCGGAUUCCACACGCCGUCUAGAAUACGCUGCUAUCGACGCGGCAUCACAAGGUCUCAAAGGCUUCAUCAUUAAGCUGGUCCCGGAUUGUGUACUCCCUGCUAGUUCGAGACGGACACGCUUCUGUGAGGGGACCGAGGAUAAUGAUAGUGACUUAGGGAGUGUGAGGCGGUAUCGACUUACGCUUCCUGAGGACGAGAAGGAUGGCGAGGAACCACGCCAGUGCGAGGGAAGUAAAGGGGGGUUUCGACGACGAUGGUCGGCAAUCUUUGGCCGAAGGAGGAGCUGUUGA